AUGCGCUUCCUUUGUGCUCACUUAGUAAAUUUACACCUCCGCUUUGUAAACCUCCAACAGUCUUCUUAUCAUCAACGUCGUCAAACUGAUAUCCUAUCGCCACAUCUGCCACACCCCACCAAUCACAUCUGCCACACCCCACCAAUCCGACCUCAUCAUCCAUCCAACGAUUGCAAUAUAUACUUACGUCACCAGUCAGAGCAAGAAGCCAUGCAACAAACUCUCAAGACUCUUUUUGCCCAGGACUAUGCUAACCAAAACGAACAACUCAAGGAUGCGGUUGUGUUGUGCAUGGCCAUGGCUUACCUUGGGACUCCUGGCCAGUUCCAAAAGUUGCGCACGUAUUUAACCCAAGCCAAUCUACCUUUGAUUCCCAUGGCUCACAGUGCCUGGGCUUACUUGUGGAGUUGGAAUUUCAAUACAAUCGACCGGGCCGAUGUGAACCCAAAUGGAGAGCCUCAAAUUGGCCGCCGGUCGCUGGAUGCCGCAGGUACCCUGGAUACCUCGCCUCUGGAAUGGACCACCUACUUGAUGUCCUCAAUGUCCACCCAAAAGCUCAAUUUUUGUGGCCAACGACUGAACGAAGGGCUAGGGAGUAUGGUCGACCAAUUUCAAAAAAAAUUCCCAUUGCUCACCAAUUGCUUUGGAUUCCUCAACGGAUUAAACUUGCCAGUCUUAGUUUCGGAUGAUGAAGACGUCCAAAAUGCUUACUAUAAUGGGUGGACAUGCUCCCAUUAUUGCAGCUGUAUCCUUGCUUUUGCCCCUGACGGAACAAUCAUGCCUGCUAUAUUGAAUGCUCCUGGAUUGUGGCACAAUUCGACCAUCGCAGAGCCGCUCUACGAUCAGCUCCUUCAUCACACUCCACCCGGUUAUCUUGUCAUCAGCAACACAGCCUUUCCACGUAAAUCGGCUAGGCUUCAAAGUCGGAUUCUUGCUCCGGUGAAGCGGGGUGAUUGA